AUGAGUGAGGGUGAAGAAAGGGAAUCUCUAAGCAGAGAAAUCGAUCCAGCGAUCUGGGCUAUAGCUCCUCGUCUGAAUCAAGAGGAAGGACCAAUCGAUGUGACUGCUAGCCCAGCUUUUCAGUGCCUUGACGAGGUAAGCUUAUUAUUAAACUUGUAUCGUCGUUUAUUAUUUUUCCAGUUCAUUGUGUAAAGAAGUAUAUAUUGUGGUGUAAUUUCUAAGGAUUUCUCUUUCAGAGUCCGAAUGACCGGCCUGAUAAAAAAUUGUAUUUAACUGAAACAUGUAAGCUUAAUAAUAGUGGUCCUUAUUUAGGUCGUCGUAGUAUUAUUUGGACGAAAGACGGCCCACUUUUUAACUCUUUCGCUACAAUCCGAUGGAAUCAAAAUUGUCUUUUUUGAGUGCUCUGAUCUUUCUCGGGUCAACACUUAUAGGAUACAUUUACGUUCUGAUGCUGAACAUGACCAAAAGAAAACAUACACUAGUUAUAUUUUCUAGUAACAUUUUAGAUGUAUAAUUUUAUAUACUGCUUUCCUGUUUACCCGGUUUCCUCUUUGCAGCUAUUUUCACAAGGAAAACUUGCUGGUGAAAAAGUAGCCAAGCUAAAAGCAAAAUAUACCAGUCUUCAUGAGCGUCUUAAGGCAACAAGAGAGCAGGAAUCUUCACUGCUCCACAAAGCAAAGGAAAUGCAUCAAGAGGUGCAGCGUCAAAGAGCUGAACUAGAAAAGGGAGAUAGCUUUCCUGAUGGCGACAACACUGAAGUCAAUAAACUAAGACAAGAACUGCUAAAACAUCAUAAUGAACUUGCUCAGGCAGAUGAAAGACAAUACCAGUUGGAAUUUAAACUGGAGGGUUUACGUGAAGAGAAAAUGAUGCUUGAGAGAGAGUAUUCUAGGAUGCCCAAACCUGGAGAAAUUGAAAAGCAGGUUAAAGAACUGCAAAAAUCUGUUGAGGAACUUAAAAUGGAAAUUGCACAAAGAACUAUUGAUGCUAAAAGCCUCAAGGAAGAAGUCGAAAACAGGGAAACACAAGUGAAUGCAUUGCGAAAAGAAGUGGAGGAGGACUUGGAUGAACAACAGAAACUGAGGGUCAGUCACAAUCUUUAGUGAAGUAAAAUUGUUACAUUUGUUGUAAAAAAAAGUUUCUGCAAUUCUAAGGUGGCAGUUACAUGUACAUGUUGCAGUUUUACAGUGGUUACGGGGGGUGUUGGACUCGUGGUUAGGGCUUUUCAGGACUGUGGUUUAAUCAAGAGGUCCAGGUUCUUCAGGCCCUGUUGGGGUCAUUAUGUUGUUUUCUUAGGCAGGAUACUUCAUUUACGCUUACAGUUCCAGAAAAAAUGGGUACACAUAUUUUUCAGGGUAAUGCUGGCACCAAUCAUACAGAAACUGGUUUAUGCUUCAGCAGAAUGUGUUUCAGGACCAUAGUUAGAUGUACUGUACACUGUUUGGAACUGGUCUGGUUAAACCAUUGUUUGUAAAUUGGGGGUCUUCUUAAGGCACUCAAGAAAAUUAAAGUGCUUUCACUUUUCUUCAUGCCUUCCACAUUUUUCCUUGACAUUUUCGCCAAGUAUAAUUUCUCAUUUCUUAAUCUGUUGACAGAAGGUCAGCUUGCCCAGCUUCAAUGUCAAUAUUUGGUCAUACUGUCUUAUCUGCCCCCCCAGGGUCUCCGAGGAUGUUACAUCAUGUCAUUGACUUAAGUCUUAAAAUUCUAAAAAGAGAAAAUGAGGGAUUCCAGAAUCUUUUGAGCCAUCUGCACGAUACACCCCUGUAAAUGUACAUGUACAACUUGCACCUUGUCUGUUUACUAACUCCUGUCAGUACUUUGUAUGUUAUUCUUUUGUAUCGUGGGGUGAGAAAAACAUUAUGUUUCCGUCGUUUCUUGUACAUUGUAUGUACCUGAAAAUUGGUCAAUUGAAUUACCUAAGCUGCAGCCCAUGAUGUAUGAAUAUGUGAAUACUUGUCACAAUGCAUUUCUUUUUUAAAUUUUCAUUAUCUGCUCUCUUUGAUAUCCUCAGGAUCAGCUGGUUCAAGUACACUCACAGCCAGCACACAUCACCAAACAGACUGAUCUUUUGACAAGACAACUCAGGUAAAUUUAUACUAGACAUGAAAUUUUGUUAGGAAAUUGAGAAUCAACAUAGACACAAUUGAGGUUAACAAAUUUUAACCCAAAAUCAAAUUUGACCUGUAACAUAGUUGUACAUUGUAUAAUUAUUUAUGUGUACAUGUUCAAGUAGGAAAUCUUUACACUGAGCCUUUAAUUACUAGAUUUACAGGUGGUAUAGUUGGUGGUUCUGGAAUAAACAUACCUGUAUCAAUACACUCUUUGAUUAAAGCUAAUCAUCAUGAUAAUGUAUGCUUUAUAGAGAAAAUGAGGAAAAGAGAGCAAAUCUUGAUGGGAAUGUUAAUGAGGUGACCAAAGAGCUGCAAAGAAUGGAAAGUAAGAAGCAUUACCUGGAGGAGGAGAAGACAGAUCUCUCGGAAGCACUUGAUCGACAGCGACAUAUAUUUGAAUCCAAGGUACGGAGCAAUGUACAAUGUAUGUUGUACAUUGUUCAGGUCCCAGUUGAGUGUGCGAGUGGCUAGUGGCUCACCACUGCUUGGAUACAUUUAAGAUGUUGACGUUUAAAAAUGCUAUUACAUUGAACAGUGUGUACUAGGUUUUUUUUAAUUUGUUUCAGGAAAGAGAGGUAGAUUUUUUGGCAAAAGAAUUUGAACUUGCAAAGGAGAGACAGGCUGAAUUUUUAGGAGACAGGUAUACAACCCUGUAUUUCUUUAAUGAAAAAUUGUCUUGUUCAUUACUGAUCAAGAAAAACUAAGAAUUCAAAACAAUAUACAUGAUGUAUGUUUUAGGUGCAACUAUAGCCAUAUCAACUGCUAUUAACAUGGUAACAUUUUUUUGCAGGGGAACUUUAGAUUUGAAUUUGAAACAUGCUGCUAUAGAGAAGAAAUCCAACCAUGAUAUUCAUGCCAGGAAGAUGAGAGAAAAGGAAAGAGAUCUCAAGUAUGGCAGUGGUUGAAUUUUUAAUUUUUUGUUUUACGUGAUGUACCUCAAAUCACAAGUAUUUUUUUGUUGUUUCACUUUGUAUUCUUAAUCAGUUAUAUACUCCUUAAUCUACUAAGUAUUGUUUUAUACAGGUCUGCAAAUUGUUAAAAACUAAUAAUAUUAUUGUUCUAGUCAUUAGACACAAGGAAGAAUUACUAAAUGUUUCUUUUUUAUAAAUACUCAUUUUACAAUACUAAUAAUAUAGGCAUUUUUGUUGAUGCUUGUCAUGCAUGUGGGUUUAUUGUGCUUUUUGUACUGCCAAUUUGACAGAGCUUUGAAGAAGAGUGAAUUGCAAAUGAAAGUGGCAGAAGAUGCACUUGCACAUGUGAGAUCAGUUUAUGACAAAGUGAAGGCACAAGUUGACAGUGCUCCCAGAGAUGAUGGGACUUUGUUAGAAAAGAGGAAAGAAUUACAGAGGGAAGUGGAUGUUACCAAGAGAACUCUUGCACAACAGGUUAGCUACACGUAGUGUACUAAAGUAUGAAAGCCAUGUAUCAGUUAUUGUGACAGUGCUUUUGGUGUGAAUGCUGCCAUACAGUUAAUUUGUGUAAAAUUGUUAAAUUAUAACCCCACUUCUUGUCACUGGAACCCAUAGCUCAUCUAUGCCACCAUAGAGGAUAAUUGAUAAUUUUGAUAAUUUUACAAGAUGUACAUGUCUGACUGCACUGUAUAUGAACAUUCAGAAUUAAUGAUAUAUAAUUUAUGAAGGUCCUUGGAAAAAGAUCAGUACAUUGUAUAUUACAGAACAGAAUUAUAAUCACACAAUCCUCUUCCUGACAACCCGGUGAUUCUUGAGAAAGAGAUUUACUGUGUUGUAUGAGUGUCAUUUGAGAUUUUCUUUUGUUUUCAUAAUAAAAUGUUGUUUUGCAUGCAGAAUGCUCUCACUGCCCAUGAACGAGCCCGAGUUGAACAGAUGAUUCAAGAAGAGGAAAGAUUGUUAAUGGAACAAAGUGAGCUCAGAGUGGAUGUCAUUGAUUUAACAAGAUUAGCACAGAUUAAGGUAUCUUUACAAUGUAACAAGCUAAAAUUUGGCCCUUUAAUGAGACAUGGUUUGUUGUAAUAAUAAUUACAGUCAACUCCCUUUAUAGCAGACACUGUUGGGACCUCAAGUAAAUUAGUGUCCUCACUAGCGAGUCUGUAAUAGCGGAAGUUUAUUUCAGUCAAACAUCUCUAAUAUAUUUUGCCUGUGAUGUAGCUGCUGUCUAUAUAAUCAGAGUGUCCGUUAUAGUGGGGUGUCCAUAAUGCCAGAGUUGGCUGUGUAAAUGAAAGUCGUGUAACUCUGUUGUGGCCAACACAUCAUUUUGGGUGGCGACUUAUGAGAGGUUUGACUAUAUAUGUCAUGCAUACAGCAGUUAAGAUGUACUUAACUGAAGAUUCUAUUAUUAAGUUUAACCCUUUAAACCCUAAGAUCAAUGUAUAAAAUGUCAAGAAAAUUCAUCUUGUGUGAUCAUGCCAGAAGAUUCUAUUAUUAUUAGGAGAAAUUUAAUAAUAUAAAAUGGAAUUGGAAUAAUUUUCAUUUUCUUCUCAACAGGCAGAUGAGAGAGAGCAAAAAGCAAGGGAUUACAUGCGCGCCGAGGUAGGCUACACUGGGAAGUGUGUAAGAGCUAUACUGUCAUGUAAAACAGUGGUAAAAAUGUAUGGUUUUACUUGCACAAUAUUGAUGUGGCUUAGUCUGCCCCUUUCACUCGUAAACUAAAAAAAUGAGUUUUCAUGCAACUCUUCUUUGGAAAUGUUUUACAUCUCUAUAUCAACUGUAAGGUUUUAAACAGUUGUGAACUAACACAUGAUCAGAUCCCUUGUGUGGUUGGCUGGGUGUAUGAGUACUAGUAUGUUACACCAUGGCUUCCCUGGUUUUUCAAAGUUAUUUUGGUUUCUUGUAUUUCAGUUGAGAUACCAGCGGGCUCUUGAGGACUUGAAAACCAAAAAUCUCAGCAUUCAGGACAGUGCUAAGAAAUAUGCUGAAAUGCAACAUAGGUUAGUGACACUGAGUUUGGUGAGUUUCUGGUUUUAUACAAUGUGAUGAAAAUAAUUAUAAAUGAAUGCUAUCGAUUUUGGUCCAUGUACAAAAUACACCAACUGUAGAUAUACGUUUUUAAUACUAACCGAGUUCCAGGUCCUUCUGUAAGUGAUGGACCGAUUUUUUUCCGCUUGGAUUUAUAGCCCACGCACUUGGCGCUUGGGCCAAAAAAACGAGUUUCCGUAACUUACAAUACAUACGUGUAUCAAGGAAGUUAUUUAUUUUCUCUAAGUUUAAGUAGAGACUUUGGAGAGAUUCGAGGAGGACGGCCGUCAAAAUCGUAAUAAAGUUUUUAAAAUUGUAUCGACGCUAAUCGAUGCUGUUCAAAAGAAUCUUAACCGAUGUUUCGACAAUGCUGCCUUCUCCAGGUUACAAGACUAAAUACCGUUAACAAGCUCGUUAAAUUAGCUCACGUGCCCUAUUGGAUACUCGCGCGCGUGCCACAUGUGACAGCGCGUGCCAGCACGCGAGUAAGCAAAAGUGAACAAUUCACGUGGAACUUAAGUCUUGAUUAAGGUCACAAGGGCCCACAAAAAUCUCUAAAGACAAAAUAAAGGUCCUAUGAACAGGCUACUUUGUCAUUCUUCGUGACGUUUCGACUGCAGGUCUUCAAAUGUGGCACCGUGGUUGGUAUUGAUUGGUGAAUUACGAACCUCACUUACGGAUAGUGGGUUUAAAUUGUUAGCAUUAUUAGGUAUUGUUAGCAUUGUAGUGAAUUGUAAGGUCUGCUCUUCCCUUAAGCUUGUUCAGUAGUCUAUUGUUUUAACGUUGUUUUUUAAAUAUUUUUUAUAAUUGUCUUAACAGGCUUUCAGACUUUGCUAAACUGUAUGAUGUGAUAAAAAACGAACGAAACAAAUGCGUCAACUUAAUUCAAACAAGCACUCAGGUAAAUUCAGAUCAAAUGUUGCAUUUUAGUAGAUGCUUUGGUGCUACACGCAAACCCGCACUGACGUUUUUUUCUCCUUUUUAAUGCAGAAAGCGGCAGAAAUGAGAGAAAAAAUUAAGAUACUUCAAAAUGAAAUUGAAAUUCUUCGCUCCAAAGUCAAUGCAAAAGACAGGUUAGUAAUGUUUGUGGCUGAUUAGAUUUCUUUGUCAACAUUCCUCUUGCAAUGUUUGGCCUGUGCCUACAGGUUUCCCUGUGUGAAGAACAGUUAAGCAAAACUGACCGGAAAGUUUUGAUUUCAGAUCUGUCCGUACAGCUUUUAUUCUUAUUUAUAUCGAUUUUUAAAUUUUUCUCCAUUUUAGUAUGUAUGUUUUGUUUUGUAUUUCCCUUUGCUCUUGGGUGCAAUAAUGUGUGGUGAGGAGAUAAUGGAAUCGGGACAUGUCUAGAACUGCUGAUGACUCUUACAGCAUUGAAUUUUUUUUCCAUACCUUCUUUUUGGGAUUUGCAAAACAAGUGCAGUUUGUUUCCAUUGCGAAGUUUGUCUCUUUUUCUGUUUCUUUUCACAGACUUCUACAGAAAGCUCGGUUGAAACGGAAUAACGCGGUUGUGAUCCGUGAUAGUUUACGAAAUGAGAUGAGCAAAAGAUCCAAAACUGAAGAGGAGAACAGAGAAAAACGAGAACAACUGGUUGGUGAAAACAAAUAUUUCGGUUGUCAAGAUUUCAAUUCGUUGUUGUAGUUACAGUAGUUUAGAUUUGUGGGGCUUGCAUGUGGUCUUGUUCAAGGGAGCUGUGUUACGAAAUUUGUCAACAUUCAAACACAGGCAACCGCCACAAAACUGAGUGUAAUCAUAACCGCUCAAAACGUGAAAAGUAGGCGACGACAACAACAGCAUAAGGAUACAAUACAAAAGGAGAAGCGGAUGGAAAAAGUUGAAGAAGAUUGAAACCGACUGUAAUUGCAGUUUUUGAAAACUUGUUAGCGUACCAUUUUUUUGAAGUUCACAUUUGUUGUUUUUAAAGUUUGAUAUAGAGCGUUUUCACUCAUGUGGCUAGCAUCUGUGCAAAUUUAUGGGAACAAAAGAAAUUGUUCAACUCCCACAGGAUUUGUUUGGAACAACAACGUGGCCGUCAUCUUAAUGUUUCGGAGUACACAAUAGCACCAAUAUGGCCGCCGUAAUGUCACGUGAAAACGCUCUAUAAUGCCUGGGAAACAUAUUUGGGAUCAUUAUACGUUUCUGGAAAACUGCCCACCCUCCCCUAGACCAACAUUUUGCCCCAAGUGAAAGGUAAGUGUUAAUGUUGGUUCAGGGGAGGGGUAGGUGGACAGUUUCCCAGAGACGUAUAAUGAUCCCAUAUUUGUUUGACACGAAAGUGAUAUUUUGCCAUUCACACGUAACUUCUCAAGUUCCUUUGCGAAUAAAGACGCACGAUUGACAUUAUUUACAAAAUGAACGAGACAAUCACGGCACAGUCCCUUUAACAGUAUCUGCAUGUUCGGAAAGUGAAGCCUAACCUGUCCACACUGAUAUUUUUGCUCCUAAAAAAGAAGUAUCGCACUGUCCAAACUAUUUGGAAAUCCGGAUAUAUUUGAAAACGUCAUGCUGUCUCGGCCCUUCAUAAAUAGUUGAGCAAGCUCACGUUAACAUGGCGAUCACAUGACCUUUUGAUAUCAGCGUUAAGUUUUGGAAACGCUCUAUUUGCCGUCCAUAGUACACCUGUCAGCACCCUUAACUGGGGAGCGGAUCUCCAGAUCUCCAGUCUGGAGAUCGUUUUCGGUGACCAAAGAUUCCAUUUUAGAGAGAACUGCAUAAUGAAACUAGACUUAAAAAAUGUUUCGUAUUGAAAGUUAUUCCGCCAAUUAGUUUGGACAGGUCUGGUGUAACAACAGAGUAUAAUUAAGGCCCACCUACUUGAGAAUUUCUUGCAGAUUAUAAUCGUGUGCACUCUCUCUGAGUUUUCUUGUUCUCUGACGUGAUACAUUGUAGGUCGGUAGUCAGGAAUUGCUUUCGACAAAUCGAAGAAAAGGCGAAACUUAAAUUCUUUUUAAUUUCUUUUGUUCUCAGAGGUUGGAUAUCGCCAAGCUUAACGAUCUCAUUAAUAAAGCAGAAGAAAACAUGGUCCAAUUACGGAAACGCUAUGAACGCGCGGUGCAAGAAAGAAAUGAUAUGUGAGUGAAGGAAACUCGAGCGUUUUCCCGUUCUGUUUUAAUACACUGUAUGACAGCGAUUUUUAUUGAAAAAGUCACUUCCACGUAUCUUUUACAUUCAGUGUUCUUUUUCUUUUCCUGUUUUGUUCAGGGGAAUACACCUCAUCGAAACAAACGAGGAGGUCUGUGUAUUCUACGAGAAGCUUAACAUACAAGGUAAGAGUGUUUUAACGGUUUUUGACCACAGACGAGAAGCCUUUAUGUUUACUGACUCUGCUUCUUCCGGCAAAGCUUCUCUUUCUUUGCAUGACAAUCGAAUGCGCCAUGUGUACAAUGACGGCUACUGUACCUUUUGAGGUAUAAAAUGUCUCUUAAACAUCAGACAUAUCAAAUAUUCUAUUUUAUUCUUUCUUCCUAGACACGAUGAUUCGUAAUGGUGACGUGGAGCUAAAAGCAAGAGAAGAAGAGAUACGCUUUUUGAAGAUGGAGGUAACAAUGAAAUAUUUUAAGAGUUUGUCGUUCGUUUCGAUGUGAGUCCAUUUACAUGUUCCUUUUCUUAAGAGAUUGACAACGAGUUUGAUUUGAUGCUGACCAUUGUCCACGGAUAGUUUGCUCAACGCUAAGGAUGACGCUUAGAAUUAAAAUCAUAAAAUUGGCGCUUUAGAGCAUGACAAGUUAAUCGUUUCAGCGUAUUUCAUUAUCUUAAACAGAAAAGAAACUGCAGCUUUAAUCCAGACUACAUCACAAUAUCCAAUGUCCGGAGAAAAAACAAGCGAAAGUUGGGAUUGGCUCGCGCACGCAGUUCCUCUUACGCGAAGCUCGUGGAAAGAAUCAACUAGGCAAAACGAAAAUUGAAACCUUAAUGGACUGCUUUACUGUCAGUUUUAGUCGAAGAUAUUAUGUGAAGCAAACUGACCGAAUAAUCUAUCUCACAAAGGUGGCCUUAGAUUCUAACUAACUGAAUGCUUGUCCGUCAGGUAAAUGAGCUAAAGCGAUCUAUUGCAGUGGCUCAAAAGAACAUGCCAAACAAGAGAGCUCUGGAUAAUGAACUGGUUACCCUUCAAAUACAAGUAGGUUUUAAGCGACUGAUUUUAACCUUAAAUCUUCCUCCACGGACCCAUUUCAGGUUAUAAGUGCGUUUUUGUGUCCCGGAUUGUCUGGGUGCUCGUCCCGAAACUGAGUUGACUGUAGGUAUCCGAGAACCUUUGUGGGGUUGAGUGUAAAAAAAAUACCCGUAGUGUGCACUGAAAUGCUAACAUUUGUGCCAUAUCUGACAGCCGAGAACAGCUUUUGUUCCCCUCCAUUGUGCUUUUUUAAUGUGUAGUUCCAAAAAAUAUCCAUACCUCCACCCCCGCCUUGGAAUUUCCAUUCUAGGUGGUGCUUGUCAUACCCUGGAAUUUCCAUGAUUUUCCGUCUUGGUUCGGUACCCCAUGAAAAUAAUAUUUCCGUCAAAAAUGCUGUUGCAGUAUACUAUCAUGCGAAAUGUAAUCGUGGCUGAGAUUAAGUGAGAAAAAAUCUUCUCUUUCAUGUUAAUUCAUGGUCUAAUAUUUUCAAUUUUGCCCUGUAGAGAUCUUUCUUAGCUAAUAAUAAACGGUAAGCCACUGCCGAACAGCAACAAUUCCCCAAUGUUACUUGGGUACCCAGAAAAAAAGACCUCCAAAGGCCACCCCCACCCCCUCUGAAAUUGCCUACUUUUGGACUCACCCUCCCCCCGCCUCGGAAUUUCCGUUGCACUCGUGGGGAGGUAGUACACAGUGAAGUUGUUAUCAAGCUCCCAGUUCCGAAUGUUCUCGGCUAGUUCUCUAAGAUAAUUUUGAGUAGGUGUUUAAGACUGUGCGUGAAUGAUUUAAAUUACAUCCAAAGUAAUUUUAGCUUUAAACACGCACGGAAUUGGUGAAGUCCUUUAACGCUGUGGACCAAAAAUACUUUUUUCUCUCAACGAAAACACAACCACCGGCAAGUAAGUAAGUAAGCUCCAUUUUGUCGGUUGAUUAGGAGUUGGAAGGUCUGUGUAUGCAUGUCGAAGAGAUACCUCCCUGCCCUUGGUGAAACACUAAACGUACUUUUCUCUUAUUGGACGAAGUUGACUUUAGCUGCCCGUUUCUCGAAAGACCCAGUAGCUUUUCGGGCCCGGAAAGCUGAUUUAUUUUUGCCGUGUUUGCAUUCAAGAUCAAAGUUUCAAUAAAUUUGAAAAUGAUACAAUGAAAAUAUCAGUUAAAGAAGCAAUUUAAAAUUUGCCUUCCGGCCCGAAAAGUUACCAGCCUUUCGAGAAACAGGUUUCAGAAGCGAUAGGAGUGUUGACAUUCUCUUGUUCGGUUUCAGCUUGUCUCUUGUCGAGAAAGACUCGCCAUUCUCGAGAAACGUCUCGAAGAUCCGUCGGAUGAGACCCGUGUUCGGCUUCUGGGAGGCGCAGAUCCCGAACCUGAGGUGCUCGCUAAGAAAAUUGAAGAACUGGAACUAAGGCUAGCUGAGAAGGAAGAAAAACUUUUAGAAAAAGAUUUAAUCUUUGAAGAAGUCACUAGGCUAGCGGACAGAACAAAGAAAAAAUCAGAAACUGGCAAGGAAGAUACCCUGGAAUUAGCCAAGAAGGUUUGUUUGUAAUUUCGUUUUUUUUUUUUAGGUUUUCCCCGGCCUACCAGGAGGCGUCCGAGAGAAGAUUAAGACGUAUGAUGUGUAGAAAUGGCAGCAAAUUUGAACGUUGCAAAAAAAUCUAUGCAGAAUUUUUUGUGCAAAGGUUCCUCUUAGUAAUGUGCACUUUCAAUUAACAAAAUAAAAACCUUUAGGUUAUUGGCGCUUUAAGGGCCUUUUUGUUGAUUGGAACUUGAGUUUUGUUCUUCUGUCUGGGCACCACCAAGCUCUUUGGGUGAAUACUGAAUAGCGCCACUGAUCCUAUGUUUGAACAACCGGUUCCUGGAACGUACUACUGACCUUCGCUUUAAAAUCUCUUUUUGAUAUAAAUAAACGUUUGUUUCUUUAGGUAAAUGAAUAUCAGGCUAAGAUAAAGGACACGACGCGAAAAAUGAUGGCGCUGGUAUCGGAACUAUCCAUGAACCAAGCGGAAGCCAUGAAGCUUCAACAAGAAGUGAAGGGUAAAGAACAAGAGCUAGAACAAAGUUAUGUGCGGAUGGAGAGAGGCGAGGCUCCUAAUGAAGAGGCCGAGAGAGAGUGGCUUAGAAUGGUACGAGAUGAAGCACGCAGGGAGAAGGAGUUGAUAGAAAGGAAGGAGGUAUACUAUAGUGACAUUAAAAAUACUACUACUAAAUGAAGUUGAAUAAAUGAACUUGUUGUUUCAGCACUUCUAAAAAAGAAGUAAUAAUCAACGCCUCAAGUAGGCUUUCAUACGACUCCAAUCAGAUUCCAAAGUGGGGUUCACCAUAAAGGAGGGAUCAUGGCCGCAUAACAAGAGCAUCGACUGGAAAUUCGGGGAGCCCACAAGGGGUUUUAAUCAUUUUAGAAUUCAUUAAUUUACAUGUAAUAAUUUACCUCUCUUGGAUGUCUGUAAGCUAGUUGAAACACAAACAACUGAGUAUUUGCUUUUUCGUGACAUUUACAUUUUUAACUUGUACAUCGUUGUAAAAAUACCACAAGUCUGUUGCAGUCCUCAUGAAUUUUAUCUCUUAACUCAAAAGCCAGAUCUAUGUUGUUCAGAAUACCUCUUUCACGGAUAUAAAAAAUAAUAAUAACUUCGUCGUUUUUGAAAGUACAGUAGAGGUGAUUUCACUUAGUGGUUGAUGCCAAGCUUGCCAUACUUUGUGCCUUUUUGUUUUAUGUUCAAACUCGUCUUACGAAGUAUUCCGACUCUUUUUUUUUUUUUCAGCGCGAAGAGGAAGAAGAACAUUAUCGCCUGCCUGGCGGUAUUUACACCACUGCUGAACCUCGACCCAAUGCUUAUAUCCCGGAUGACGACUCCGAGUUACCCAUCCCCAGGCCCUAUGGGUCCUUGGCGCCAUUCAAGCCCACUGAACCAGGUUCCACCAUGCGGCACAUUAGAAAACCUGUUAUAAAACCCAUAGAGAUAUAAUAAUCUUAAAGUGUUCACACACAACAGCUUGGUUGCCGUGUAAAUUAGGGAUUUACUUCUUUGAAGACUUGAAUAGAUUUGACAGAGGGGUUGCACUUUUCUGACGUUGUAAAUAAAUGUUUGUACAAAGGUAUUUAUUUCUUCCUGUAGAUAGCUAAAAGAAUUUAUUAAACAACCUGCAGUUCUUGG